AUGGGACUGUAUUUUAUAUCGUUGUUACUUUUUGGAUUAGCGGCCUCUUCAAUUGCAGAGAAAGUCACCCUCACUCAGAUCAACCUAGAAAAGAGUCACUAUGCUGCAAGGGAGAAGAGGUCCGCGCGUUUCAUGCAAAAUAAUAUCUUCUAUCGAAUGGAAGACGAAAAUGGUCUAUACGUUGUGCUGAAUUUGACUAAAAUAGACCUUCCCGCUACCACGAUCAUUAAAGACGGCAAAAGUGUUAAGUCUUUUACUUCGGGGGAGGAUGUUGCAACGUACGUCGACUUCAAUCGAGAUGGUGUAUUCAUGUUGGGUUUAAGGAGGGAUUCUAAAGGAUUCUUUCGCUAUGAUUUGAUUGGUACGUUCCGAUUCGGUAAACGUCGUGUAGCUAUCAAUCCAGAUCCUAUUAUUAAAACAUUGUAUAAUAUCGUGGAUGAUGAUGGCAUUGUGGAUUACAGAGGAGAUAGUAUUUAUCCUCCAGGGUAUGUUCCAGUAAUAAAGCCUACACGCCAAUCCAGAGCAUUAACCAAUUACAUCAUCGAAGUUUGUUUUUUGGCUGAUUACGCCAUUUACCAGAAGUUUUUGACUAAGAAUGCCAAUGAUGCUGCUGCAACCCAGACCGAGAUGUCCACAUACUACGCUUUCCACGCCGAGCAGCUAAGAGUCCGAUACAAGACGGUGCAAGAAAUCGAUCCUACCUUCUCCAUCAGUAUUGUCAACUCUGGACUGGUUAUAUUUACUGACCCGGCAGAUAUUCCAUUUGUUGAGACCAACAAAGUCGCAGAUACGAUCAACUCCUCGCUGAUUUUAUCUGAAUUCAGAAACUACAUCAACAAUAUUCCAGCAGGCAUUACCAUUCCUGAUAGUGAUCAUUACAUGCUGUUCUCUGGCUAUGAUCUGUUCUCUGCUAGUACUGGGAGCCUGUCCAAUGCCGGUUUGGCUUAUACUGGAGUUCUCUGUACGACAUACGCAAUGUCGCUUGUGGAAGAUAGACGCCGAGAACGAUCUGCGAUUACUGCUGCCCAUGAACUGGCCCACGGAGUCGGUGCGGGACAUGACAGUAAUGAAGGGUGCGAUAAUGCUGACCAAUACAUUAUGACCGCCGUUUCUAACAUUGGUGCCAUCACCAGCACAGAGAUCGCAAAACGAAGAUGGACCUUCUCAUCUUGCUCCGUAGCUGCUUUUAAGCUAGAUCUUGAAAGUACCGACUGUUUGUUCGAUAACAGAUACGGUGAUGGUGAGCUAUCAGCUAGUCCAAAACUUGGCCAGAUCUACUCCAAAGAUGACCAGUGUCGAUUUGCUGUAGCUGACAACUCCUCGUAUUAUGGAGAAGACCCUGGUGAAGAAUGCUAUAAAAUGAAGUGUCUUGCAACUACAACAACUCUGCGAUAUGUUAUACCACUUGACUACUCCGAUUGCGGUACUGACAAGUGGUGUGUUCAUGGAGAAUGUGUUGCUAAACCAGCUUCCGAGCCACCAGUAAACCAAGCACCAACUAUAAACAAUCUUCCAACUACCCAUGAUGUGGCCGAAAACGAAAAUGGCGUCGUGUUCUCUAUUAGCAGUUCCGAUCCAGAAAGCGAUCCUAUAGCUUACAGUUACAGAUGGAACAGUCCAAACAAUGCUGAUACUUACUUCGAUUUCAAUACACAGACUGGUGAAGUGUCUAUCAAAGCAGGAGUAACAUUAAAUUACGCAGCCCUACAGAAUAUUGUAUUCAAUGUAACUGUAACGGCCACUGAUGACCAAGGUGGAGCUUCGUCUUCGGAGAAUUUGAUCCUCAGAAUCACCCAGGCGGCAGCACCAAACAACGCACCAGUAAUCACCAACACAGUCAACAAUGUUCAAAUUGUACAGAGUGUUCCCCCAACACAAACUAUAUUGGAUGUUGAUGCUACCGAUGCCGAUCCUGGAGAUUCUCCCACAUUUACUGCCAACUGGGUAAACCCUGCUAACGGUGGCAGCUACUUUGACUUCAAUCCUACAACUGGAGUAAUAACCAAGAAACCAGGAGCCACCCUUACUGCUGGACAAAUUUAUACUGUAGAGGUGACUGCCAGUGAUGGCAAAGAUACGUCCGCGACCAAAACUUUUAAUAUACGAGUUAAUGCUGACCCCAAUACACCACCAACCAUCAUCAACCCGAACUCCGGAUCAGCAACAGUCACAUUGAACUCGCUCACUCAAACUGGCCAGAUCUUCGACUUCAAUGCCGUGGACGACGAAAGUGAUCCUUUUAGCUUUCAAGUGGUCAACUGGUCUCCAGCCAAUGGUGGAACUUAUUUUGACCUCAAUCCAUCAGAUGGUACAGUCUCUAUCAAGUCGGGUGUAACUAUACCACCAAGUUCCACAUUUGCUCUCCAAGUGACGGCCACUGACAGUAAAGCAGCUUCCUCCCAACCUACUACUCUGAUCAUCAACACACCAGCAGCUGUAAAUCUACCACCAAUUCUGACCAAACCACCAAACUCUGGAUCUGAAACUGUACAACUAUUCAGUCUGGAACCAGCUGACCCUAUCUAUGAUUUUGAUGGAGUAGAUCCUGAAGGAGCUCCAGUUCAGUAUACAAUCGACAGUUACGAUCCCAAUGAUGCUUUACAGUACUUUGCUGUCGUGGCUUCAACUGGAGCAGUUAUAAGAACGGAUGUACCCCUUCCUCCCGGAACAACCUUCAUUCUGAAUGUCAAGGUGUCUGACGGGACUCUGGAUUCUUCUCCUGGAACAGUGAUCAUUAAAACCCCCGUUGCUGUAAAUCAACCACCAAUUCUGACCAAACCACCAAACUCGGGAACAGAAACUGUACAACUAUUCAGUCUGGAACCAGCUGACCCUAUUUAUGAUUUUGAUGGAGUAGAUCCUGAAGGAGCUCCAGUUCAGUAUACAAUCGACAGUUACGAUCCCAAUGAUGCUUUACAGUACUUUGCUGUCGUGGCUUCAACUGGAGCAGUUAUAAGAACGGAUGUACCCCUUCCUCCCGGAACAACCUUCAUUCUGAAUGUCAAGGUGUCUGACGGGACUCUGGAUUCUUCUCCUGGAACAGUGAUCAUUAAAACCCCCGUUGCUGUAAAUCAACCACCAAUUCUGACCAAACCACCAAACUCUGGAACAGAAACUGUACAACUAACGAGUCUGGCACCAACUGGAACCAUCUUUGAUUUUAACGGCGAAGAUCCCGAAGGAGCUACGAUUAGGUUUAUCGUAGACAGUGUCAUUCCCAGUGAUGCCUCGACAUACUUUUUCGUCAACCCCCAAACUGGAGAAGUUUCAAGAACAGAUCGACCUUUACCUCCCUCAACAACGUUCACCCUGAAUGUCAAGGUGUCUGACGGGACUCUGAAUUCUGUUCCUGGUACUGUGAUCAUUAAAACUCCAGAUGCACCAAGCGGAGUACCAGUCAUCAUCGAUCCAACUCAGACCGCUUCCAUUCUAACUACGACAACAGGACUGAUCGGUGGAUUCGUUGCAAUUGAUCCAAACGGCGACCCCUUAACAUAUGAAGUAGACAGCUGGAUUCCGUUAUCGGGCAGCCAGUUAUUCUACUUAAAUCCACAGACUGGAGAUAUUACGGUCAAGCCUGGUGCGAUCCUACCACCCGGUAGUACGUAUACAGUGAACGUUAAAGCCUCUGAUGGAACGUUAACCUCUAACAUUGGAACGCUGGUAAUCAACGUACAGCAACCACCAAACGACCCCCCUGUAUUCAACGUUGGGAAUUAUGCUGUGACCAUUCCAGCGAGCAAAGUCGGUGACGUGAUCACAGUGAUAGCGAACGAUCCCAAUCCGGGCGAUACUGUCACGUACAGUGUUAACAGUUGGAACCCCAUUGAUGGCAACAAUUAUUUUGUUAUUAAUCCUGCAACCGGUGUGAUAUCUGUAAGGCCUGGAGUCUCCUUACCACCAAACAGAGUCUUUGUGGCUGAUGUCUCAGCCUCUGAUGGAAGUCUUUCUGGUACAGCCAGGGUUACGAUCACAAUAGCUCCAGACCUGAACACUGCUCCAGUAAUCACCAAUCUAAACGAUGUCAAAGUAGUCACGACGUCGGACCAAGCCGGAGUAAUCUUCACCGUUACCUCCCGAGACGACCAGAACGACUUGGUGACAUAUACAGGAACUUGGGACAAUCAAAUCGCCGGCAACAUCUUCACGUUUAACUCCCAAACUGGUGAAGUAAGCCUAAAGUCAACACCAUUCCUUCAGUUAUACUUGAACAAUCAGUUUACGCUGACUGUUUCUGCUUCUGAUGGUCAACUUUCGUCAGUUCCAAAGACUCUUACAGUGCGAAUCUCUCAAAAUAAUUCGCCACCAAAGAUAACCAACCUUCCGGAAACAGUUACGGUUAUGGAGAAUCCGGCCGGUAUGAAGUUCUUCACUGUACAGGCUACUGAUCCAGAAAACGAUAACAUCGUCUUCUCUGAAACUUGGGAACCAUCCUGGGCUCAGUACUACUUCUCCUUCGAUAAAAACACUGGUGAAGUGGCAUCUAAACCAAGCCCUUACCUAACUUACACCAACUUCAUGGGCCAAGUUUUCAAACUAAGUGUAACAGCGGCAGACUUGUAUGGAACUUCAAGCACAGAGACCUUAACCAUCAGUGUAGGGCCAGCCACAGGAGAAAAUCAUCCUCCAAAGUUCUCAUCCGCAAACUAUUUCGCUACAGUUAUGAACCGACAGCCCGGAGGCCCAGUCUACGAAAACUUAGACGGUAAAGUAACCGACCAGGAUGCAGGCGAUACAAAAUCAUUCUCGCUCCAGAAUAACAUGUGGUCAAGCUACUUUAAUAUAAAUCAGCUCACGGGAGCUAUUACCUUUGCUUCCAACAAGAAUCUUGCCAAUCUCCCGAAUCAACUGGUCCUAACUGUAGAUGUAACGGAUAGAGUCGGAGAUAAGGACACUGCUUCUUUGUUGAUAAAUAUUCAAGAUCAGCCGCCUACGUUACCACGUAUCCCCAAUCUACCGGCCUCCGUCAAUAUUCCUGAAGAAUCCAAUGGUCGUUUCAUCGUCCAGAAGCCACCUGUGAGUCAACAAGUGACGUUCUCGAUGACAUCUUCCCCUGCUAAUGCUCCUUUUCAGAUCAACCCUCAAACUGGUGAAAUUACCCAAACUACCCCACUUGAUUAUGAAUCUCUCAGUAACAAAGUGUUCACAUUGACUAUCAAGGGAACGGACAGCACCGGCACAUCUACGCCAGAGGAGACGCUUACCUUUACUGUUAUCAAUGUGAACGAAAGUCCAGUUUUCACGCAGCAAGUGUACCAGGUUACAGCCAAUGCGGGGCAGGCCGGACAAGUCGUAGUAACUUCCCUUCUGUCAUCCGUGAACGAUCCAGACGCAAAUGACUACAUCCGAUUCCAGAUCCUCCCCGGAGCAUAUUCCAACUACUUUUCAAUAAACCCUAACACAGGGGCGAUAACUUACGCUACAAGUACACUAGGAGCUUCCCUGCCGAAUCCAACUCGUUUGACGGUCCAGGCUACAGAUAGCCGAGGUCUCUCCUCAACGGCUCAAAUAGACGUCACCAUCAAGGACAUCAACAAUGAUCCACCAACGUUCCUAAACUUACCAGCAACUAAACAAGUUUCGAAGUCCCAACAAUCAGGUGUAACAAUUUUUGAUGUGAACGCCCAAGAUCCCGAAGGACAACCCUUGACGUAUUCUAUCACCAAUUCGAAUUCAUUCCCACAGUUCUUGUUUCAAAUCGAUCCUUCAAGUGGUGUUGUAUCUCUAGGAAAUGGAUACACUAUUCAGUCGUUUUCUCCGCAAAACGUCGAAUUAAUGAUCAGCGUCUCCGAUGGGUCAAAAUCCACAGAGAAAUCCCUUACUUUGUCCAUUGGUUCAACAAGGAACCAGCCACCAGUUUUCAAUCCUGCAUUCUUUACAGCUGCAGUUGACGAAGGUCCGGUCGGUACAGUUGUGUUUGAUGCUGGUUUAGCGACCGAUCCCAACGGAGAUCCAAUCACCUACCAACUGGAAUUUCCUCCAGCGAACGGCUUCUCUAUCGACCAGUCUACAGGAGUCAUUAGAUACAGUCAAGACUAUUACCUUAGCUAUGGGCUUCCAAGCAGAGUAAUUCUGUCCGUCUCAGCUUACGACCCAAGUGGAUUGAAGGCCGAUGCGUUGGUGUUAGUAACGGUCCGAGAGAAAUCAACUCCGUUACCGUUGAAAAUUACUAAUUUACCUGGAUUCAAAAUCCUGAACAGAUUGGGAAACUAUCCGCUCAUAUAUAAAGUGGAAACUUCUGGUGGAAGUGAUCCGAAGAAUUUCCAACUCGAGAAUGAUGGUGGUGUCUUCAACAUCAAUUCCAACACUGGUGAGAUCACUCUAAAGUCUGGUAUAAGUCUGAACCAAUUCAGCCAAACAAAUCACCAAACUAACCUCAGAGUUAUCGUUACUGAUUCUUCCAACCGAAGGGAAGAAGGACGAUUGACUGUCGUAAUAUUUUAA